GUCCCAAUUUAAAGCAGCACGUACGCGGGUCCUCUGCAGCCCUGAAGCAGACAGCCUGGUUCCUUUGGACGUCAUAUGAUAACGCUGGAGGAGAGCCAGAGGAGGACCUGUAUCUCAGUCAGCCACCGCGCUGCCAGGGCCCCCUUUAUCUCUACCAGGCAGGGAGGCGUUUCCCCCCCUUCUCUCUCCCUCUCUCUCUCUCUCUCCCACUCCCCUCCACAUACCACACUCUCUCACCAAAACUACACUACAACCUGCUUCAGACGACGCCCCAUCGCCCAUGAGAUUCCCGCUGUCGUACGUGGUUUUCGCUCGAGAGGAAGCCAUUUCUCUCUCUUUAUUGUCGAGCUGCGCGCUCGUGCUGCCCACGGCAUCACCUCGGCAAUAACAGAAGGGGUGCCAGCCAGGAGAAGAAGAAGAAGAAGAAGAAGAGGAAGAAGAGGAGGAGGAGGGAGAGGAGGAGGAGAGGAAGGGGUGUUAGAGUAUUGCGAAUUGACGUUCAGAAAUAAACAAGGAGACACCCCUGUUUGGAAGACGUCUGUGGCGGGAAGCGACAGGGAUCUGCAAGAUGGCUGAGGUGUCACAAGAGGAGAGACUCCAGGCCAUCGCUGAGAAAAGGAAGAAGCAGACAGAGAUUGAAAACAAGAGGAGGCAGCUGGAUGAUGACCGACGGCAACUCCAGCAUCUCAAGUCGAAGGCACUGAGGGAGCGCUGGUUGUUGGACGGAGCUCCAGCGGAGGAAGAGACUCAGAAGCGUCUGCAUGAGGACGAGGUGAAGACCAAACUCCUGGAGCAGGUCAUCCUCAGGCUGGAGCAAGAGAUUGAAGAACUGGAGACAGACACACCACCCAAAAAGGGUGUGGCCAAAGAAAAUGGAGGUGAGAACGGAGUAGUGCAGACCUCCGGUCAGACCCCCAAGAGAGAGGUGACAGGUAUUGAGGCCAAGCUGCUGGGUCCCAGUCCUGACCAAGCUAGCGCGGACAACCCCGUCACCCUGGUGUUCAUGGGAUACAAGACGGUGGAGGAGGAGCAGGAGAACCGCGCCGCCAUGGAAGGAGUGGAUGGCAAUGUGAAGGCUGAGUUUGUUGUCAUCGAGGAUGGGGAGGGGAAAGCGGGAGGGGAGGCGGCCACAGACGAGCAGGCUCCACCCAACGGGAGCAUGGCGGAGAAAGAAAAGGCCAACGGAGGCGGAGAGGAAGGAGAGAAGGAGAAGGAGAAGAAACAGACCUGCAAAUGCUGCACGGUCAUGUGAGCUGUGUGUGUGUAUGUCUGUUUGUCUGUUUGUCUGUGUGUGUGUGUGUGUGUGUGUGUGUGUGUGUGUGUGUGUGUGUGUGUGUGUGUGUGUGUGUGUGUGUGUGUGUGUGUGGGUGAGUGCACACCUGCUCCUGUGCAGGCAUGUGCGCCAUUGCAUGUGUCUGUAUUUGCAGAUGUGUUUUACUUUGUGUCCGUGUGGAGGAGAGUGUAUGUGUAUGUUUGUGUGUGUGUGUGUGUGUGUGUGUGUGUGUGUGUGUGUGUGUGUGUGUGUGCGUGUGCGUGUGUGUGUCAGGACUGGAAAAAAAUACAAAGUACAGUUCCACAGCCAAUACACCAACAAUGAGAGCCAAAAGAAGCUCCAGCUACAACAACAAGAACCACAGAGACUCAUAAGUACACUUUUCUCUGUAUACUUUCUCUGAUAUGUAUUUGACUUUUGAUUUCUAUUGAUAUUUUUCUAUUUUUCUGUCUUGACAUUUAUAUUGUAUUCAGUAUGUAUAUCUUUAUUAUGGGACUGUGUACUGUAAGUUCAUUGUUAUUAUUGUUGGAAAAAAAGAAAAUGUAUUAGCUCUCUGGAUUGUACUGCUACCCUCUGGGGCAAAUCUGGAAACUUCAAAUCAUUUAAGUCAAAACAGCAAACUAUGAAGGACACAGAUACUUAAAUAUAUAUAUUUCUCUGUGUAGGCCUACCAACUAUUUAUCAGUCAAUUUCAUAUUGCAAUAUUGUCUAAGAUAUUAUUUUAAAUAGUAUUUUAAUAUAUUGAUAUGAAAUUAUGUUUUAUACAAUGUAUUUAUUGUUUUGGGUUCUCAAUAUCAUCUCCAACCAUAAACUGCAUGUAAGCUUGUAAGCACUACCAGAACGCGUUACAAUCAUAAAAAGUGUCUGUGCUUUCUUUAGACUCAUAUGUGCUCAUAUCUUUAGUCACAAGUCUUUCUAUCAGUAACAGUUUAUAUAAUUGGCAGUGUUAGAAAUGUGCAUUAAGUUUAAAAGAAAUCUGCAGCACUGAGAUUAAGAGGCUAUUUAGAGCAGUGACCAUGUUGCAAACCGCAUUCGCUUCCCAUAGAUACUAUAUGUGACACAUGUACAUGAGGAUCACAGCGUUUGUAUUUUUUAGACAAAAUGGAUUCACUUACCUUAUGAGCGUUAGAGUCACGCAGAACCGUUGCGCCGCGGUUUGAAAUGCAUCAACCAUUUCUUUCUCUCAAGAGUAGAAUCAAUGUAAAUCUUAAUGAGGUAGCACUGCAUGAAGCCUUGCAACUGUUUGGACUGUCUUGUCACUUGUCAGGUCUUUAUUAUACGCUAUAUCACGUUCACAUGAAUGUAAAUCCAGGGGUUAAAUUGGGAUUCGUUCCACCAUAAUGAGAAGAGGCGGGCUUGCUCAGCUUGCCGUGAAAAAAAAAAUUAAAGCUUUUUGUCUCUUGAUGAACCAAAUAAAAUCUGAUGAUACUGUAAUUUCACUGUGUGUUGUUGGUCAGCUGCUGGUUUCUGUCCCACUCGCUCCCAGUUUAACCCCUGACCCUUUGUCUGUAGACCUGGGCCCAAUAGUUCUUGAAUAGAUUUACAGUAAAGGAAAAACUUGAAUUGAUUUCGAAGAAGUAAUGACGCUAUCUUGGGAUCUUGAAUAAAGCAGAAGGAAGUAGUUACGCCCAGGAAGCUAAGCUUUAUAGUGAUUGUAUUAGAUUAGAAGUAAGCCACCUUUAUAAGAAAAGCUAGCAAUCAUUCCUCGCAAAGUUUCUAGUAAGACAAAUUUUGCAUGUUUACUAUAGCAAGUACAAUCCCAGAAAGCCUAUUGAGAUACAUUUAGGCCCUCGUCUCCUCACUUGUUUGGCAGACAGUACAGGUUUUGUUAUGACUGACACCUGGGACAGUGAUGCUUCAGCUCCCCCCAGGCCUCACCCAUGUCUGAUUCACCCCUCACUGUCACCUCUACAUCACAAUCACGCACUUUCAUCCUCAUCAUCAAACCCACACAGCCCCACCUCCUAUGCUCGGAGACACACGCAGUUUGAAAAACCUCUAAAGUUGGUGCUAAUCCUGACUCUCGUCUAACACCCUCCAUCCACCAACUAAUUUUCUUUCCGACUCUUCCCUCUUGUAUUACUCACGGGGGGGGGGGGGGGGGGGGGGGGGGGGUUGUGGGAAUAUACUGCCUCCUGCAUACACUCGUUGAUAAGAGAGUCUUUUGCAACCUUCAGUGCCAGAUGCAUUCUCUCAAGUCCUGCCUGCGUCUACCACCGGAGAAAUGAUCCUGUCUUACAUUCCACAGGGAGGUCAGCAGGCGUGGACAGAUGAAAUAUAGUCUAUGCUUUCCAUAUGUGCAGUUCCACUGUAAUUGUACAACUUGCAACUCUGUUUCUUAUCUUGACUCUCAUGUUUAUUUUUCUUUCCUAUGGCCUCUUUGCAAGGCGGUAUAUUGUAUUUGAUGUGUGUAUUUUUAAAAAAGAUGAAUACAUCUGUGUAUUGUUGGUGCCUUUGUCAGGUUCAGUUGGUUGGACUUGUCUGUCUGCCGCCAUUUUUAGGAUGGGAUUUUUCCUGCUCUGCUCCUGGUCAUAACGACCCACUGCCUUCUAAUCUCAAGGAGAUACUACACAAAAAUGGUAAAGAUAUUAUUAUAAUUUUUAUUAUAAUAAAAGCAGCUCAGACAAUAGAUCAUAUGCAGACUACAGUUGGUGUAUUGAAUGAUCUCCACACCUAAAGUGAAGCAUUUUGCCAGGAUACAAACUUUAUGCAGGACACUAUCAGACAGUCUGUGUGUAUGGACUGCAUAAACACAUGUGUGCUUCUAUAUAGGUAUACAGACAUCACACAUAGAAACACAUGUACAUUUGUUGAGCUUAAGCUAUGCUUAAUAGUGGGUCUCUGGGGCAGCAGCAGAAAAAGCAACCUUGUGUUAGACCAAUGCCUGUUCAUUACUCUGUGGUCGUCUAAAUGUUUAAUCUUGAAUAAAACUACUGUUUGUUUACAGCAA